CGACCCCGUACAAGCUCCUGCUAUAAUUACUUCCCCAUUACCCCACCCCCUCAUCCUCUUCAUCCCUCUCCUCUCCCUUCUUCUUCUUCUUCUUCUUCGCAACAUUGGUCUCUUCUCUCCCUCCCUUGUUGCUCUACCACAAUCAUGUCGCACUCCGCUGCUGAAUUGGCAAAGCCCACGGGCGAAUACCGCCAAUACUUGCCCGAUCUGAGUCUGAAGCGCUUCCAGGUGAUGCGCGAGCAGGAUGCCCACGAAUAUGCCCACGCUUUCAAGACACAGAAGCAGCCCCCAUGGCUGCACGGCCUGUACAUGCACUGGUUGGAUUUGCUGCAAGAGCCAUUCAAGGGCGUGACAACCGACGGUAACGUUCGCCCCGGUCUAUUCAAACUCCAAGAAGAGGAUGUCCCAAUCGACGCCAUCGUGGAGGCCACCGAGAACGUGCUGUCCCUGGCGGACGACAAGCAGCGGCAGGCAUUGUCCUAUCACAUCGACUCGCCCGAAUGGCGGACGUGGUCGAACCCCGAAUUCCUUCUCAGCAACAAGGGACUCCGACUGGACGAGAUUGACAACAAGCUGCGGGACGCGAUCCUGAACGUCCUGAAGGUCACGCUGUCGCCGGAGGGCUACGACAAGGCUAUCAAGGCGAUGCGCAUCAACCACUUCCUGGGCGAGCUGGUCGAGUCGACCAAGGUGAUGAACGAGUUCUCCUACAACUUCGUCCUCUUCGGUCGUCCCUCGACCACCCGGCCCUGGGGCUGGUCGUUCUACGGCCACCACCUCUGUCUCAACAUCUUCCUGUACAAGGGCCAGAUCAUCGCCUCCCCCUGGUUCACCGGCGCCGAGCCCAACGAGAUCGACUCCGGCCCGUACGCCGGCACCCGCAUCAUGCAGAUCGAGGAAGAGCUGGGCCUGCGUCUGAUGCAGUCCCUGACCCCGGAGCUCCAGAAGAAGGCCACCGUCUUCGCCGAGAUGCACGACCCCGCCAUGCCCCCCGGCCGCUGGAACCGUGACGAUCAGCGCCAUGUCUGCGGCGCGUACCGCGACAACCGCGUCGUCCCCAACGAAGGCAUCCCCGUCUCCUCUUUCACCGACGAGCAGAAGAAAUACAUGUACGGCAUCUUCGAGCAGUACCUGCUGUACCUGCCCGCCCGAGCCCGCCAGCUCAAGCUGGACCACAUCCGCGAGUUCGAGUCUGAGACGUACUUCUGCUGGAUCGGUGCCGCCGGCGACAGCGACCCUUUCUACUACCGUCUGCAGAGCCCCGUCAUCCUGAUCGAGUUCGACCACCACUCCGGCGUCUUCCUCAACAACGAAGAGCCCAAGAAGUUCCACAUCCACACCCUGUUGCGUACGCCGAAUGCCGGUGAUUACGGUAACGCGCUCCGUGCGCAGAUCCCCGCCAUCGAGGGUCUCAAUGGAAAGGAAAUCGUCUGGGAGAAGUCCGCCCUAUGAUUCAUCCCUCUUCUUUCCUUUCUGCCAGCCUUCCUUACCCUCCGUCGCCGCGUGGGUUAAUUUAUGAUGAUGUUAUGUGUGAAUAGAUUGUUAUAUAAC